AUGGCCGGUCGAACAAAGGAUCGCGAGCUUUUAGCGUUAGCUCGCACUAACAAGACGCCUGCACUGCAGGGUAUUGACACCUGUGCAUUUCAACUGGUGGAAUGGCGUUCAUUUGGAAACAAUGACGUCGACAAUUUUCUGAGUAAAAAUCAUUCAUUGCCUUGGAAGGAAAACCUGAGUAACAGUAUUAAACAUGAAAACUUUGUUCAAUUCGGCUCGAAAAUUUCACGGCGUGUACAGACGGAAUUAUAUGCGGAAUUAGAGAAAGAUCCAUUUCAGCAAUGGAAUUACCGCUCGAGGUGGAGAGAAAUGAGCGACUUGAAACUUAAUGGUGAAUUGAUGUCGAAAGCCAUUCAACCUGGAAAUCCUGUCCGUUUGAAGAACGUGCUCAUAAAAGCGGUGAAGGGUCAGCAAAUCAAUGUUGCAGUCAUCGGAGGCUCAAAUAGUGCGGGGGGAAAAUUGGGAACAGAUGAAAAAAGUUUAGACGGAUUGUUUUUCAAAGUUUUCGCAGAUUGGUGGAACAAAACGAUUGGUAAGGUCACAAAGUCGUUCAUGAAAAGUUACGAGGUUACUAUUGGAGGAACUGGGAGUUACUUCUUCGCCUUUUGCUACAAGACCUUUAUCCCAGAAAAUCAAACAAUCGACCUCGCAUUCAUUGAUGCUUCUAUUAAUUUCAACAUGAGAGGAAAAGCUGAAGCUUUUGAACAAUUGACUCGUCAAGUGCUCCUAUAUCCUUCGGUCCCCGCGAUUCUAUACGUAAACCUCGUCAGCGGCCUCGGUGUAGACCCAAAUACCAAAAAAGUUGUAAACCCAAGAUGCAUUAACUUAGAAAAUUUUGGCCAAACCGAAGUGGCGCGACACUACGGUAUAACCUCUUUUAGUUUGAAGGAAGUACUGUGCCGCAAGGAAGACGAUAAAUGGACAGCGGUCGUCACUAAUAUGGCCGGCUCUGAUGGCCGUCAUAUUGGUAUCAAGGCCCAUGCACUUAUUUCUAUGUUAAUGAUUGACUAUAUUCGCGGGGUUUUUGAUCAGGUUUUGAAUGACCUAAGCAAUGGAAACAUUACCUAUCGUUUUGCGCCUUUACCAGAAUUGUUAUUACUAAAACGAGACACUGAAGUUCUGAAACAACCGCUUUGCUGGACCAGGAUGACACCAAAUAUUUUCAAAGAUCUUCAUCGCCCCAAUAUCCAAAUUCAAAUCACACAGAACGAUGGAUUUUCACCAUACGGUAGUUUCCGUGAUGAAAGAAGCUCAGACGGAAAUACAAAUACAGACUUGCGAACAGAUGCACAGGGGGGGUGGGGAACGUGGCGGCGUUACAGUAGUAUAAAGUUUCGUUUUUAUGUUCCCUCUGUUAGCUCCUCUUACAACACCAGGUCUGUAAUAAUUUUGACACGAACGUCUGGCAAUGGCGGAAAGGCCGAGGUAAGGCUGGAUGAGGAGAAGAACAAAACGAUUUAUAUUAACACAAAGUCGAUCUAUGGACAAACUCGGUUGGAUACUGUUGCUACAAGGGUAAAGCCAGGAUACCAUACUAUCACAGUCAGAACAGUUCGCAAGGGAAAUUUCCUAGUGAGUGGAGUUGUAGUCGGACCGCCAGACUUUGAAAGACGAAAAGUUAUAUAAACAGCCUUUGACCAUGUAUAACAUCUAUCUGCUUCGUUCGGUUACGGUCCGGUAAACAGUCAUUAUUUAUGCAAAGUGACGUAAGUUACUGAAACCUCAUCUACAAGGCUCGU